GAGUAUGUAUUCGAUCAAUUAUCUUAUAAAUACGAGUUUGUUGUAUCUUCGGAAUUAUAAGCCUAUCACAAAAUGGAAUAUUACACCACUUUACUACUACUCCUCGCCAUCCUCAUCACCACCAUCCAAUGCUCAAAAAUAUUGUUUGGUAAAUCCAAACUACCCCCAGGACCAAAACCAUGGCCUAUCAUAGGCAACAUUCUCAAGCUCGGCGACAAUCCUCAUCUUGCUGUUGCCGAGCUUGUAAAAAUUUACGGUCCAAUAAUGUCUCUCAAGCUAGGGAGCAAAACUACAAUAGUUAUAUCAUCCCCGGAGGUAGCCAAAGAAAUGUUCCUUAACCAUGACUUAGCCCUUUCUAGUAAGUUUGUCCCAGAGGCUGAAAAGGCCGAAAACCACGAUAAAUUUUCCAUGAUUUGGCUUCCAUCAGCAAGCCCCAAACGAACAAACCUUAGAAAGAUCGCAACUAUCCAACUGUUCACCAGUCGACAACUUAAUAUGAGUCAAGACAUACGGCAAAAGAAGGUGAAAGAGCUAGUUGAGUACGUACAACAAUGUUCCGAAAAGGGUCUGCCUGUUAAUAUUGGUAAGGCCGCGUUCACAACUUCGCUAAAUUUGUUGUCUAACACAUUGUUCUCGGUCGAUUUAGCUAGCCAUGUUUCUUCAAAUACACAAGAGUUUAAGGAUCUUAUUUGGAGUAUAUUAGAAGAGUGUGGAAGGGCUAAUUUAUCGGAUUUGUUCCCGUUACUUAAGAAGUUGGAUUUGCAAGGAGCAUUGAAGAGAACAAGUGGUUACUUCAAGAAAUUGCUCGGAAUUUUUGAGGAAAUAAUCGUUGAAAGAUUGAAAGAUCCAACAGAUGUUAAGGAUGAUGUUCUAGGUACUCUACUUAAGCUUGUUAAGGAUCAAGAAAUGAGCGUUGACGACAUUAGACAUAUGCUCGUGGACUUGUUUAUAGCGGGAACAGAUACAACAUCAAACGCACUAGAGUGGGCGAUGACAGAGUUAUUGCGCAAUCCCGAAAUAAUGAAAAAGGCUCAAAUUGAAUUGGACCAAGUGUUGGGCAAAGAUGGAUCAAUCUUGCAAGAGUCUGAUAUCACAAAUUUACCAUACAUUGAUGCAAUAAUGAAAGAAACAAUGAGGUUGCACCCAGUGGGACCAUUCUUGGUACCUCGCAAGGCUGAAGAGAAAGUGUUGUUAUGUGGCUAUUGGAUACCUAAAGACUCAAUUAUUUGGGUUAACAUAUGGUCUAUUGGUCGAGAUCCAAGUGUUUGGCCAAAUCCAAAUAUGUUUUCUCCCGAAAGAUUUAUAGAGAGAAACAUUGAUAUAAAAGGACAAGAUUUUAAACUCAUACCCUUUGGGUCAGGAAGAAGGAUGUGUCCUGCGAUGCCACUGGCAAAUAGAAUGGUGCAUUUGAUGUUAGCCACUCUUAUCCAUUCGUUUAAUUGGAAUGCGGCAAGUCCAAAAGCUAUCGACAUUGAAGAAAAGUUUGGGCUUACAUUGCAAAAAGUUGAGCCACUUCAAGCUAUUCCACUUCCUAAGUGAUUAACUACUAAGCAUCUUUAGGAGUUUAGUUCUUUCAAUAUCAAUACGAAGUAUAAUAAUACGAUGUAAUCAUCUGUGUUGUUUGCGUCUCAAAAGUCGUGCUUGGCCUAGGAUAAUUCAAACUAUAUCCUAUAGAAGUAGCUUCUUAAUAUCAUCCAUGAGCAAGUGGAUCUUUCAAGGACAAUGUGCCCAAAACGUAUAAUUAUUAUAUUGUGUUCUUCACUUCUUCUAUUAUAUAAUCAUAUUUGAAA